UCCUCGCUGCUCACCGCGCUGUCGCGCGUCCAGGACUGCUUCUGCCUGUCAGACCCCAACCUGCCCGACUGCCCCAUCGUCUAUGCCUCGCCCUCCUUCCUGAAGCUGACCGGUUACUCGUCCGAGGAGGUGGUGGGCCGCAACUGCCGCUUCCUGCAGGGCCCAGGCACUGACCCGGCGGCGGUGGCCCAAUUGCGCCAGGCGCUGGCGGCGGUGCCACCUAAGCCUGUGACCGUCACGCUACUCAACUACCGCAAAGCCGAUGCAGAAGGCAGACAGCAGCCCUUCUGGAACUCGCUGCACAUCUCGCCGCUGCGGGAUGCA